AUCUGGCCCGCCUCUCCACCUCGCCGUUCCCCGGCGAACCCUCCGGCCCCGGCAGGGGGUCCUGGCCCGCGGGCCACGCCGAGACGGUCUACAUGUCGUCCAUGGAGGACGACGAGGACGGCUGUCCGGGCGUCGGGUCGUGCGCGGCGCGGGCCCGGCGCUGCUGCACCCGCAAGAUGCUCGUCAAGAGGGUGCCCAUCCUGGGCUGGCUGCCCCGCUACAACGGCACGGCCGCCGUCGCGGACCUGGUGGCCGGCGUCACUGUCGGGCUCACCGUCAUCCCCCAAGCCAUCGCCUACGCCAAUGUGGCCGGCCUCCCUCCCCAGUACGGCCUCUACUCGUCGUUCAUGGCGUGCUUCGUGUACGCCGUCUUUGGCUCGUGCAAGGACUCGCCCGUCGGGCCGACGGCCAUCGCCGCCAUCCUGACCCGGGAGAACCUCCACGACCUGCCGCCCGAGGUGGCCGUCGUGCUGUGCUUCUUGUCGGGCUGCGUGGAGCUGCUCAUGGGCGUGCUGCAACUCGGCUUCCUCAUCGACUUCAUCUCGGGCCCCGUCUCGGUGGGCUUCACGUCGGCGGCCGCCAUCAUCAUCGCCACGACGCAGAUCAAGGACAUCCUGGGCCUGACGUUCCCGGGCUCCAAGUUCCUGCAGGUGUGGGAGAACCUGUUCGCGCACAUCCACGAGACCAAGCUGUGGGACGCGGUGCUGGGCUUCGUGUGCAUGGCCGUUCUUCUCAUCCUCAGGAAAGUGAAGGACAUCCCCGUGGGGCCGACCGACUCCAAGGAGAAGUCCAGCCUCCAGAAGGCGGCCGCCCAGUUUCUGUGGCUGGUGUCGACGGCGCGCAACAUCCUGGUGGUGGUGGCGUGCGGGGUGGCCGCCGCCCUGCUCGACAACCAUGGCCUGCACCCCUUCAUCCUGACGGGCACGGUCAAGCCCGGCCUGCCCGACCUGCAGCCGCCGCCCUUCUCUGUGCAGUCGGGUAACCAGACGCUCAGCUUCCUGGACAUGGCGUCCGGCCUGGGCUCGGCCGUGCUGGUGGUGCCGCUGCUGUCCAUCCUGGAGAACAUCUCCCUCGCCAAGGUCUUCUCGGACGGCACUCCGAUCGACGCCACCCAGGAGAUGUUCGCCCUGGGGCUGUGCAACAUCGCGUCCUCGUUCGUCAGCUCCAUGCCCGUGUCCGGGGCGCUCUCGCGCGGCGCCGUCAACAACGCGAGCGGCGUGGCCACGACGUUCGGCGGCAUCUACACGGGCGUGCUCGUCAUCCUGUCGCUGCACUUCUUCACGCCCUACUUCUACUACAUCCCCAAGGCGUCGCUCGCCGCCGUCAUCAUCGCGGCAGUCGUGUUCAUGGUCGAGUUCCACGUCGUCAAGCCCAUCUGGCGGACGAAAAAGCUGGACCUGAUUCCCGCCUGCGCCACCUUCUUGUCUUGCCUGUUUCUGCGCCUGGAGUUGGGCAUCGUGAUCGGCAUCGGCAUCAACGUGCUCUUCCUGCUGUACGCCUCGGCGCGGCCGACCGUCUGCGUCCAGAGGGUCAUGAGCGCCGUGGGCAUCGAGUACCUGCUGGUGACGCCGGACCGCAGCCUCGUGUUCCCCUCCGUCGAGUACGUGCGCAACAUGGUGUCCAAGGUGGGCAUGAAGCAGGGCUCCAGUUCGGUGCCGGUCGUCAUCGACGCGAGGCACAUCUACGGCGCCGACUUCACUGCCGCCAAGGGAGUGAAGUCGCUGACCGAGGACUUUGUGAAGCGGAAGCAGCCCCUGCUGUUCUACAACCUCAAGCCCACCGUGGUGGAGGUGUUCCAGGGCGUGCGGCCGGGCGACCUGCGCUACUGCCGCACGGAGGCCGAGCUCAACGACCUGCUGAGGAGCACGUGCUCGGGCAGGGAGCGGUCGUCGGUGUGACGGACGGGGAACUUGGAGCGCCGUGUGUGUGACGGGGCGUCGUGUGAGAAAAAGACAGCGAAGCUGCCGUGGAAAGGCAUACUGAAUGUUUUGCAAGGGCAGAAAAUCCCGCCAAGGUUUAUAUAAGUAGGAAAUUUAAAAAGUUUUAGGUGCUAUGUGAAUUUUGACUUCUUUGAGCACAAGCUUGAAGCGAAGAUGUCGCCCUUUUGUGUUUUCAUUGGUUUUAAUGGAACUCCUGAACUCAGUCUGUUGAGGUAGGGCAUUAUUAUGUUGUCAUAUUUAUGAUUUUAGGCAACUUUUCUGUUGAUUC